GGCUGUGUAUUAAAUGGGGUGGGGUGGUAUUUAGGCCAGAGUGGUGGUUCUCUUUUACAAGCAGGUGGUUGCCAAGAAGACCAAAGGGAUUUUUCUGGUAUAUGUGGGGUUGGUUCCUUUUUUUCUCUUCCUCUUUGGCUUGGUUUUGGGGAGAGAAAUUUAGUUUUUGAUUUUGAUGAUGUGAUGAGAUGAUUGGGAGGAAGCAAGCUUUGUAUACGUUGUAGGAAAAGGAGGAAGAAGGAGAAGAGGAAGAUCUUAGCACACAAAAGCUUGGGAAGAGAGGAAAAGGGAGAGGAAGAAGAGAGAGUGUAAGGAUUGAUUGGAUAGCCCAGUUGGGAAGACCUAAAGGCGAGAGCUCCUCCAGGGCGGGGGAGAAUCUUUGGGGAGUUUUUGGAUUGCUGGCAAUGUAGGUGGGAGCCCAUCAAUCCGAAUUGCGACGAUAUGGGCGAGCGGUGCUGGCUGGAAAUGGAGAGCUUCCCUGCGAGGCAACGGUUUCACGUAGAAUCCGAGCGAGGGAGUGUGGAGGUGUCUUGGAGCAAGCUCCAGAAGCUCCUGCCCACCAAUGCUGUUGCGACGAGUGCUAAUCUCCUCGCCACCACCAGGCCUGGAUUGGACUCUCGAAUCGCUCCAGAGGUGGCUGCUGCGCACAAGGAUGGCCGGAUGAACGCGGUGAUCGAGAAGAUCGAGAGGCUCUACCAGGGGCAUUCCGAGGAUGACGAAGGUGGCGACGAGGACGAUAGGACGACUUGCGUGCCCGCGGAGGAAGAUUACGACACAGAGGAUACUUUCAUCGACGACGAAGAUCUGGACGAGUACUUCGAGGUGAAUAGGACCAAGACGAAGCACACGGGCUUCUACGUCAACAAGGGAUCGCUGGAGAAGAGGGCUGUCGAGGGGAAGAGUUUGGAUGAAGCUUCUGGUCUCAAAGUCUACAAGAAGAGGAAGAGGCCGGCGCAGGAGAGGCCGCCAGCGUCGAAGAAGGCCAAGAGCGACGACGAGGACGCAGUGAAAGCUCCACAAGCGAACAACAAAAAGACGAGCUUCACUAAAACGAUCAAGGCUUGCGCAACCAAGGGCCCUCUAGCAGAGCGAAACAAUGGCUUGUGUAUCGAUCCCAGCAACACCACCAUUGCCAGCGACGAGAUCAAGACUCCUCCGAAGGAAUCGAGUCCGGGAAGGAAGACUGGGCCGAAGCUCACGAUGCUGGACAGGGCUAUUCAGGAGCUGGAGAAAGAAGUGGCGGACCGAUGUCCACCCUCGACGGAGAAGAAUCACGAAACCGAGUACAAGAAGCGGAUACCAAAGGAGGUUAAGGCACGGCUCGCCAAAGUUGCAAGGCUAGCGCAAAAACAAAGCAAGAUCGGCCCGGAAGAGCUCCUCAACGUCCUGAUGAAGAUCAUGGGACACUUGAUGCAGAUUAGAUCUCUCAAGAGAAACUUAAAGGAAAUGGCUGAACUUGGAAUAUCGGCACAAAAGGAGAAGCAAUCUAAGCUGGAGACAAUGAAGAAGGAAAUCGUGGACAUGCUGAAGUCUCGAAUCACUCCACAACAAUCAGCACAGGACAACAGCCAAUGCGAAGAGGCAACCUGCGACGGACGCUACAGAUGGGAUGCGCCAACCGAGGACAGGAUCAGCGAUUUCUACGAGCUCUACGUCGAGGGGAUUGACGAGCACAAAUCCGCAGCAACCAAGAAAUUCUACGCCGAGCUCGCGGAGCUAUGGCCGGAAGGUUGGAUGGACAGCAAUGGCAUUAAAAACGCAGUGCUUCGCGCCAAGGAGCGAAAGAAAGGAGCCAUGAAACAGGCAAAGUUGGAAGAGAGGAAACGCAAGAAGGCGACGGUGGCGACGCCAAAAUCUGUGAAGAAGCCCGAGUCUCCGCCGAAAACGUUGGAGCUCCAAGAGCACUACCAAGAACAACGUAGGGAAGAACACGAGGAAGCUCGCGAAGAGGUAGUAGUAGAGGGUGUGAGGAGCUCCAUGUCCAUAGCUGUGAUGAAUCCCGCUAGCAGCACCACGCCGUGGAGAGAUUGUCCAUCCGGGAAUGGAGGAGUAGUGAUGCCAAGCUCGCUCCGGCAGAUCAAGCGAAAGUUGCUAGACAAGGCGAGCAACAGGAGCUUCUGCGAUAGCAUCACUCCUCCUCCUUCCUCGUUGAUGUGGAUGGUCAAGGAUCCAAAGCCUGGCUGAGUGGUGUCUCAAAGUUUUUUUUUCUCUUCUUGGCUGAUGGAACACUUGUUUUGGAUCCAGGGAGUGGUGGUUUAGAAGAGGAGUUUUUUCUUUGACACGGUCUGUACAGAGAACAAGUGAGAGCUCCAUUUAAAAUUUUGAUACUUUGUUAACAAGAUUAUUUUGUAAGCUCGAAAGUAUAGAAUACAAAAAGAAAAAUUCGAUC